UUUCAUUUUAGAGCGCAGGAGUUAAAUAUUAAAAUACUUUUCGCGCCAUUAUUGCAGGAUUUACUCGUAACGUGCUUAAGUUAAUUAUUGUCGUAUGACUUGUGUAACAUUGGGAAUUUGACACGACAAAAUGAAUAGGAAAACGUUCGCUGGCCCGUCCGCUGCGAAAAAGACGAAAUUCCGAAACGAUGAUGAUGAUGAUGAUUUUGGUGGAACAUUUGAAAAUGAUUUGGCCAACAUGGAUGAGAUGGAUGAUGAGUUUGGAGAAGUAUCACAUAUUCUUGAAGAGCCAGCUGUGGUACAAUUAAAUAAUGAACCAAAAGCAGGUCCUGAACAAGAAAAUACAUCUGCAAAGUGGAGUAGACCACCUCCACCAGAAUUCAAUCCACAAAAGGAUUCAUUAAUUUUUCAACAAAUAGAGAUUGACCAUUAUACAGGUACACCAUUGGCUGGAAUGCCAGGCAGCAAAAUGGGCCCUGUAUCAAUAAUGAGGAUGUAUGGUAUCACAGAACUAGGAAACUCUGUUUGUUGUCAUGUUCAUGGAUUCUGCCCAUAUUUGUAUGUUUCUGCACCUAACAAUUUUACAGAAGCUCAUUGCAAACCCUUUAAGGAUGCACUCGACAAAGCUGUACUGAAAGAUAUGAGAUCGAAUCCAGACAAUGUUCAAGCAGCUAUUCUAGCUGUUGAACGAGUGUACAGGCAAAAUAUGUACGGUUUCACAGGAAAUACCAAAUCAUUAUUUUUAAAAAUUACAGUGGCUUUACCAAAAUUAAUAGCGCCUUGUAAACGAUUACUCGAGAAGGAAGUCAUCUAUUCUGAAUUAAAUCAUACGUACAGUGCCUUUGAAAGCAACAUUGAUUUUGAUAUUAGAUUUAUGGUCGAUACAUCAGUGGUAGGAUGUUCAUGGAUAGAAUUGCCUCCAAAAAGUUGGAAAUUACGUGGUCAUCAGGGACAUAAUUUGCCACUGACUACAAGAUGUCAGUUAGAGGUGGAUGUUGCAUGGGAUGCUUUCAUUGCUCAUGAACCAGAGGGUGAAUGGUCGAAAGUUGCUCCAUUUAGAAUACUCAGUUUUGAUAUCGAAUGCGCUGGACGCAAAGGAAUCUUCCCUGAGCCAAAUCAUGAUCCCGUUAUACAAAUCGCUAACAUGGUAAUAAGGCAAGGAGAACCAGAACCUUUCCUGCGAAAUAUUUUUACACUUGAUGUAUGUGCACCUAUUGUUGGUUCCCAAGUUUUAAGUUUUGAAAAAGAGAGCACAAUGUUGGAGAAAUGGUCUGACUUCGUAAGACAGUUAGAUCCUGAUAUUUUUACAGGAUAUAACAUAAACAAUUUCGAUUUCCCUUAUCUCAUUAAUCGGGCUCAACACUUGAAUGUGAAAAAUUUUAAUUUCCUUGGUCGAAUAAAGAACAUAAAGUCGGUAAUUAAGACUCAGAUGCUUCAGAGUAAGCAAAUGGGUCGACGUGAAAAUAAGUCGAUUAAUUUUGAAGGAAGAGUUCCUUUCGAUUUAUUAUUGGUGCUGGUCAGAGAUUACAAAUUAAGAUCAUACACGUUGAAUGCAGUCUCUUACCACUUUCUACAAGAACAGAAGGAAGAUGUUCAUCACAGUAUAAUCACAGAUUUACAAAACGGCAAUCCACAGACACGUCGAAGGCUUGCUGUUUAUUGUUUAAAGGAUGCAUACUUGCCUUUGAGAUUAUUGGAUAAAUUGAUGUGUAUCAUCAUUUAUAUGGAAAUGGCAAGAGUCACCGGAGUUUCCAUUUAUAGUUUACUAACCAGAGGACAACAGAUCAAAGUAGUUUCUCAGAUACUGAGAAAGAUUAAAGAGAAAGAUUACUUAAUGCCAGUUCACCAUGGCCAAAGCAGCGAGGAACAGUUUGAGGGUGCAACAGUUAUAGAGCCAAAGCGUGGCUAUUAUAAUGAUCCCAUAGCUACUCUGGAUUUCAGUUCCCUAUAUCCCAGUAUUAUUAUGGCGCACAAUUUGUGCUACACGACCCUGAUGAAUGCGGAGAGACAAGCGAAAUAUAAAGUUAAUGCCAAUGACAUAACAAAAACACCAAGUAAUUCCUCAUUCGUCAAGGCCAAUGUCAGAAAAGGAUUGCUUCCUGAAAUUUUGGAGCAUCUCUUAUCAGCCAGGAAGAAGGCUAAAGCUGAACUAAAGAAAGAAACUGAUCCAUUGAAGCAGAAAGUCCUAGAUGGUAGACAGUACGCUUUGAAAGUCUCAGCAAACUCUGUGUACGGUUUCACCGGUGCACAAAUGGGGAAGUUACCUUGUUUAGAAAUAUCUGCUAGCGUCACUGCCUACGGGCGAAUGAUGAUAGAGCACACAAAGCGGGAGGUGGAGCAACAAUAUUGUGUAGCAAACGGAUACAAAAAUGAUGCUAUAGUCAUAUACGGAGACACUGAUUCUGUGAUGAUCAAAUUUGGCGUGAAGACACUGGAAGAGGCUAUGGAGCUCGGAAGGGAAGCUGCAGAGUUUGUGACGUCCAAGUUCCUGAAACCCAUAAAGUUAGAAUUUGAGAAAGUCUACUUCCCGUACUUGUUAAUUAACAAGAAACGAUACGCUGGCCUGUAUUUCACGAAGCCUGACAAAUACGACAAAAUGGACUGCAAGGGCCUUGAAACUGUCAGGAGAGACAACUGCCCUUUAGUAGCAAACAUGAUGAACACCUGUUUACAGAAGUUACUCAUCGAUAGGAAUCCCAAAGACGCCGUGGAUUAUGCGAAACAAAUCAUAAGUGACCUCCUACGGAAUCGCAUCGACAUAUCUCAGUUAGUGGUCACAAAGGAAUUAACUAAAACCGAUUACGCGGCGAAACAAGCGCACGUCGAGCUAGCCGCGAAAAUGAAGAAACGGGACGCGGGAACCGCGCCGAAACUCGGCGACAGAGUUCCGUACGUGUUCAUAAGAGCAGCGAAAGGAACUCCAGCCUACCAGAAAGCAGAGGAUCCAAUCUAUGUGCUGGAAAACAAUAUUCCCAUAGACACGAAUUAUUAUUUAGAGAACCAACUGUCGAAACCUCUCGUGCGUAUCUUCGAGCCGAUACUUGGCGACAAAGCUGAGUCGCUUCUUCUGAAAGGAGACCAUACGCGCACGAAGUCGGUGGCCACGUCCAGAGUCGGUGCUCUGUCUGCCUUCACUCGUAAGAAGGAAGUUUGCUUAGGUUGCAAAGCUGUUCUAACGCCGGAGCGAGAAAAAAUGGCUCUGUGCAAAUACUGCGAACCCAGAGAGGCAGAGUUCUAUCAGACUGAAUUAUAUCUUGGCAGACAACUGGAGGAGAAAUUCUGCAGGUUGUGGACCGAGUGCCAGAGGUGUCAGGGGAGUCUUCAUCAGGAAGUAUUGUGCACAAGUCGUGACUGUCCUAUAUUCUAUAUGAGAAAGAAAGUACAAAUGGAAUUAGAUACUCAAAUGAAACGUGUCGAGAGAUUCGGAGUUCCAGAGUGGUAAUGUUGCAGAUGUCAGAAGACAUGUUGCACAGGGCAUCUAAUCCAAGGGCCUGAUGAACCUCUGCAACGCUUAAACAACCAGUCAUAUCUUGCUUGUUUGCUAGGACUACCAGGAUGGCACCUUGCAAUUCUUCCUCCUAAAAGAUAAAUACGAGUAUAAAUUUUUUACACGACUACAAUAAUUUUAAUUCACUAGUUUAUAAAAAAUUUAGUAAGAAAACAUGUAGCAUUUCGUAUUUAAACUGUGAUGAUCAUACAUUGUUAUUUAUUACAUUGUUAUAAAUCUAGUUAAUAAUUUUACAUUGGUAUUAAAAAAGUACUUACUCUCAACAUGU